UUUUUGGGUAAAUUUCCUACAGAGGAUAGACCUUACACUUACAGGGUUAAUGGCCUCUUUUAGCAGACAUUUCUCCCACCGUAUUCUUUCUCUAUUUUCUUUUAAAUUUUUCUUUAUUGGCUUCUUUCUUCCAAUUUUCUUUCUUAAAGGGCCAUGAAUCAACUCUGGUUAGCUCCUUUUCCCUCCUCAAACUGCUUCAUCCACUUCUGUUUUCGAUCCAUCUUGUUUCACCUCCUGUGCAAAGAUCACAACAGUUUAGUUUAGUUUAGUUUUGUUUGGUUUUCUCAGUCAGUCAAAUCUCCAAAACCUCAACUCAAACACCCACAUGCUUGAAUUUUCCUCUUUGUUUUGCUUUCUAAUUCAUGGUCUCUCACUCACUCACUAACUCUAUCUCGUGUGCUAGAUUUCUUGUCAGAUUCUUUGUCUGUGAUUUUGAUUAGUAAACACUUGGGAAUCUUUGUUUGCAACUUUGGCUCGUUCCUUAUUCUGGGUUUUGGUUGGUAGUUUACAAGAUAAAAUUAAAUUCUGCUUAGAAUUUGAAACCAGAAUCUUUGGGAUUCUUUGAUUCUAAGCUCUAACUAGUGAUUGUCUUGUUAAUAUUGGGCUUUCUCAUACAUUUUCCCAAGUUGAUAUUUUUUGGUGUGGAUGGAUAAGAUGGCAUCUUUAUUAUAGUGAAUUUGAGGGGGUGGUAUUUCUUCUUCUUCUUCUUCUUCUUCUUCUUCUUCUUCUUCAAAGAUUUGAUUUUUAUUUUUUCUUUCUUCUUCCCUUAACUGUGUUGAAGCAGACAUUUCUCUGUAGAUUUGAUAGUGGGUCUCUCUCUCUCUCUGUCUCUCUCUCUCUCUCUCUCUCUCUCUCUCUCUCUCUCUCUCUCUCUCUCUCUCUCACGCACAAGCACGCGCGGGUUUCCACAUCAGAUUAGUACCUGGAAUUAGCAAACUAGGUGAGACCCACAUCGAAAUUGGCACUGUGACUUGUUUAACUUGUGCUGGUUACUGCUGUGGAUGAGUUUGCUUCUUCAUGUAUUUGGGUUUGGUUUUAGGGUGGGUCAUCUUCUUUGGGCAAUAUGUUCCUGGAUUAUAUAUGUGAUUUCCAUGAAUUGGUUCCUUAAUAGUGGAAUUAUAGACACCAAGACUGGUUUGCUUGGUGAUGGUGGCAAGGUAUGCCUCAAAUGGUGGGGGAAGAUCUCAGGGAGCUUUAAUAAGAUCCACCAUCACUAUUGCCAGUGUUUUGGGUCCAAAAGAGUCAGGAACAUGUGGUGGAAAAGGCUUUUGGUUGUUUGGAUACUUGGUUGGACUAUUGCAUCUUUGUGGAUCUUCUGGUACAUGUGCUCCCAAGCUACAGAGAAGAGAAAAGAAACUCUUGCAAGUAUGUGUGAUGAGAGGGCUAGAAUGUUGCAGGAUCAGUUUAAUGUGAGCAUGAACCAUGUUCAGGCUAUGUCCAUCCUCAUUUCCACCUUCCACCAUGGCAAGUACCCAUCUGCUAUUGAUCAGACAACUUUUGCAGUUUACACUGAGAGAACUGCUUUUGAAAGACCUCUCACAAGUGGGGUGGCAUAUGCUGUAAGGGUCCUCCACUCUGAAAGGGAACAAUUUGAGAAGCAGCAAGGCUGGACUAUCAAGAGCAUGGAUGCCCUCGAACAAAACCCUGUUCGUCAAGAUGAGUAUGCACCAGAAAAAUUGGAGCCCGCCCCAAUUCAAGAAGAAUAUGCUCCUGUCAUCUUCGCUCAGGAUACCAUUUCACACGUGGUUUCUCUUGAUAUGCUAUCUGGAAAGGAAGAUCGUGAUAAUGUAUUGCGUGCUAGAGCAUCAGGAAAAGGAGUUCUAACUGCUCCUUUUCCGCUUAUUAAAACAAACCGCCUUGGAGUAAUAUUGACAUUUGCUGUCUAUAAAAGGGACCUUCCCUCAAAUGCAACUCCAAAUGAAAGAAUUCAAGCUACGGAUGGGUAUCUUGGUGGGGUCUUUGAUAUCGAAUCACUUGUGGAGAAGUUGCUGCAUCAACUUGCCAGCAAGCAAACUAUACUUGUGAAUGUAUAUGAUACUACUAACCAAUCACAACCAAUCAGUAUGUAUGGUUCAAAUGUUUCAGAUGAUGGGUUAAAGCAGAUUAGCCGCCUAAAUUUUGGAGAUCCUAUUAGAAAGCAUGAGAUGCACUGCAGAUUCAACCAUAAGCCACCAUUGCCAAUGGUAGAAAUAUGUACCUCAGCUGGAAUUUUGGUGAUAGCCCUGCUCAUUAGUUAUAUAUUCCAUGCUACUGUAAAUCGAAUUGCAAAAGUUGAGGAUGAUUACCACGAGAUGAUGGAGCUCAAAAAACGAGCUGAGGCAGCUGAUGUUGCUAAAUCCCAGUUCCUUGCUACUGUGUCCCAUGAGAUCAGAACUCCAAUGAAUGGUGUCCUUGGAAUGCUGCAUAUGCUUAUGGAUACAGACUUAGAUAUAACUCAAAAAGAUUAUGUACGAACUGCCCAGGCUAGUGGAAAAGCACUAGUAUCACUUAUAAAUGAGGUUUUGGAUCAAGCUAAGAUUGAAUCUGGUAAGCUUGAACUUGAGGCGGUGCGCUUUGACCUGCGAGCAGUUCUUGAUGAUGUUUUGUCACUCUUUUCCGGAAAAUCUCAAGAAAAGGGAGUAGAGUUGGCAGUUUAUAUCUCAGACCGGGUUCCUAAUAUGCUAAUUGGCGAUCCUGGAAGGUUUCGCCAAAUUCUCACGAAUCUCAUGGGGAACUCAAUCAAAUUCACAGAAAAAGGGCACAUUUUUGUCACAGUUCAUCUUGUUGAGGAGGUAAUUGACUCGAUAGAUGUUGAGACUGAAACCUCAUCAAAGAACACUUUUAGUGGAUAUCCUGUUGCAGAUAGACGCCAUAGUUUGAGAGGAUUUAGAGAUUUUAGUCAAGAAGGAUCUAGUUUUCAAUUCCCCUCUGAUCAAAUAACCCUCAUUGUCUCAGUUGAAGACACAGGGGUAGGGAUUCCUUUAGAAGCCCAAUCUCGUGUUUUUACUCCAUUUAUGCAAGUUGGGCCAUCUAUCUCUCGGACACACGGGGGAACAGGUAUUGGGCUGAGCAUAAGCAAGUGUUUGGUUGGCCUUAUGAAUGGGGAAAUUGGUUUUGCAAGCAUUCCGAAGAUUGGCUCUACCUUUACAUUUACAGCUGUUUUCACCAAUGGUUGUUGCAAUGCAACCGAUUAUAAGAGUCAGCAAAUCAACAACCAACCUAAUACUGCAUUCUCAGAAUUUGAGGGGAUGAGAGCUUUAGUUGUGGAUUUCAGGCCUAUCAGGGCAAAAGUGUCAAGAUACCAUAUUGAGCGACUUGGAAUUCAUGUUGAAGUAGUUUCAGAUUUAACUCAAGGUUUGUCCAUGAUUGGCAGUGGGAAAACAAUUAUUAAUAUGGUCCUUGUUGAACAUGAGGUUUGGGAUAGGGAUUCAGGGGCUCAGGCUUUUGCAGUAAAAAUUUCAAAAGAUGAUAUCAGUGUUCGUCCAAAAAUAUUCCUUCUAGCGAAUUCUACUGGCUCUCCUAGAGCAAUUACUUCAAGUUUCGGUGUUUAUGCUCCAAUUGUCAUCACGAAACCCCUGAGGUCGAGUAUGCUUGCUGCUUCACUAGAACGUGCAAUGGGCGUUAGUAAUAAAGCUAAUCCCCGUAAUGGAGAACUUCCCAGUUUGUCUCUCCGCAGUCUUCUUAAGGGGAGAAAAAUUCUUGUCAUAGACGACAAUUGUGUGAACCUCAAAGUGGCUGCUGGUGCUUUAAAAAGAUAUGGUGCCGAUGUGGUUUGUGAGGACAGCGGGGUGAAGGCACUCAAAUUACUUAAGCCACCCCACAAUUUUGAUGCAUGUUUCAUGGAUAUUCAAAUGCCUGAAAUGGACGGGUUUGAAGCUACGAGGAGAAUCCGUGCAAUGGAAGAUGAUUUUAACAGUCAUGUUCAUCAUGGAGAAAUUGUGGAAGGUUAUGAAAAUAGAAGGUGGCAUGUGCCAAUUUUAGCCAUGACAGCAGACGUCAUCCAGGCUACGCAUGAGGAAUGUUCAAAGUGGGGAAUGGAUGGCUAUGUUUCCAAACCAUUCGAAGCCGAGCAGCUUUAUCGUGAAGUCUCACAAUUUUUCCAGUUUACUUCUUCAAAUGGGAAUAUACAGGGAUAAACUAAUUGUACCUGUGAGAUGCUGAAGGCUUAAGAACAAGCCAGCACUUUAAGAAAUUCAGGAACACUUCAUAAACCCCGGUUUCUUCCCAUGAGUAAGUUCACUAACAAAGCUUUAGUGCGUAUAGUAAUUUUUCAUUUUUGAGUUUUUGCUGAAAUUUUUUGCUUUCUCUUCUGUCUUUGUUUUUCUUUUCUUCCAGAGAUUGAUUGCUUUCUGGUGAUAGUGUACAUAAGGGCCCUGCUUGAUUGAUUGGUUGGGAUUUAGAAUGUUUCUUAAUCUUUUCUACGAGCCAAAGUCAAAGCAGAUUUAAAUUUUUCAUGUAAAGUUACUCUUCUCUCCUAGCCUUUCACCGAAGUUGGUAAACUGGUAGUAGUUGAAUUCCAGUUCGAAGAGCUUUGAAUCCAGAAUUUCUUACUUGGAAAUAGAAAGAAAAACAAUGACUUGGGGUGCACCAUACAACUUAAGAAAACUAAGAUGUCACCCUUUUAUCUGAAUUUAAUUUAGUGUAUCUAUCUUAGAGGGAUGAUGAUUCUGUAGAGAGAAAGAUUCAAUUAGAGUUUUUUCAUUUUGUAAGGGAGCAAAGGGAGAAAUUGUAAGGUGUAUAUUUGGUUACAAUAAAGAAGAAAAAUGUAUAAAUAAUAUUUAGUAUAGGAUAGGAGUUCAUUUUUCCCUAUUAUUUUUUCCCUAACAAGAUUCCAAAACAAAAAACUUUAUGUUACCUCACAAGAAUUGAUGUAACUUAUACAGUUCGAUGAAAUUUGAGAUACUUUUAAUUCUUGUGUAA